GAAGAAGAGAAGAAAGAUGGUGUGGGGCUCUGUGUACCAACUGCCCCCAAGAAUUGUCUGCCCCAACGGGGCAUGAGUGUCCUGGAGAAGCUUGUCCGAACGUGCCCCGUGUGGCUGCAGCUGGGGCUGGGCCGGGCGGAGGCGGCUGGGAUCCUGAAGCAGGAGACAGCUGGGAUGUUCCUGGUCUGCAAGGACAGCAGCUUAAAGCACCUGGUUCUCUGUGUCCAUUUCCCUUCCCGGAACGAGGGCUCAUCUGAGGUGCUCGAAUACACCAUUAAAGAAGAAAAAUCGAUCUUGUACCUGGAAGGCUCGGUUCUGGUGUUUGAGGACAUCUUCAGAUUGAUCGCGUUCUACUGUGUCAGUAGAGACUUACUGCCCUUCAAGCUGAGGCUGCCCCAGGCCAUCCUUGAGGCUCGAAGCGCCACAGACCUAGAGACCAUCUCAAACCUGGGCCUGGGUUUCUGGGACUCCUCACUGAACCCCCGGAGAGCAACGGGGAGCACAGCAGAGCCUCCCAGAGACCCGGUUCCUGGGGCACCCCCAGUCACCAGCCUCAAGCCCACAGCUCAUUACGCCAAUUGCUCCUGUGAGAUCCAGCUGGCGGUGGGGAAUGACCGCUUGUGGUUCGUGAACCCCAUCUUCAUCGAGGACUGUGGCGGCACCCCACUUGCAGACCUUCCACCCCCUGAAAGCUGCCCUGUGCGCCUGCUGGCCCGCACAUCCGACACCUCUACCUCACUGGCCUCCCGGUGGGCCCCACGUCGCCCCCCACCUCCACCCCCNNCUCCUUCCCUUCCCCCACUUCCCGCUCCUGCUCCCCCUUGUCCUCCACGCCUUUCUUCCUCCGGGGCUGCUGCUCCCCACUCCCGAGAGGCCCCCACUCUUGUGUCUCCAGUUCCUGCCCCCCACCUUACACCACAUGCCUCAGAUCCCCCAAGUCUUCCAAGCCAGCAACCCACAGCAACCUGUGAGAGGCUCCCCUGCCCCACCCCAGGCCUGGGCCACCUCAGGGAGGAGGAGGUGGUAAAGCUGGGGACUGCCCCCAGCCCCUUGCAACAGACCUCUGCCCCUCCACUGCCCAUCAAGAAGGUCCUGCCGGCCGCACCUCCCCGACGGCGCCUGUCCGAGAGGGUCUCUCUUGAAGAGCUUCCUCCCUCGAGGAAGGCAGCAGAGGAGGACCGGCCAGGCCCCUCUAGGGCUACCUCGGUCAGCCUGCCUCUCCAGGGGACCUCAGACAGUUCUGGGGACAGGCCACAGAGGAUCACGGAGGCAGGCCAGGAAGCAGAGGUCAAAGCCAGUGGCCUGGGCAGUAUGCGGGAGCCACCAAAAAAGAACAAGCAGCCCCCAGUGCCGCCCCCCAGGAAGAAGCGCAUCUCCCGGCAGCUGGCCUCUGUCCUCCCAAGCCCCUUGGAAAGCGUUGAGCUCUCCACAAAGGAAGUAGUCCCUGAGAGACCCCCAGUGGGGCCCCCCAGGGAAGGCCCAAGCCCUGCUUCUCAAGCUGGUGCCCGUCCCCACAGCUCCCCAGAGUUCAAAGGCUCCCUGGCUUCCCUCUCGGACAGCCUGGGUGUGCCCACCUCUGCCACAGACCAAGACUCAUACUCAACCAGCAGCACAGAGGAAGAGGUGGAGCAGCAGUUCAGCAGCCCCAGUGUGAAGAAUAAGCCCGCCAUGAUCCUGGACAAGGCACGGCACCGGCUGAGCUUUGUGAACUUCACCAACGUCUUCCACGCCUUCCUCUCCAACAACCGCAAGCUGUACAAGAGAGUGGUGGAGUUGGCACAAGACAAGAGCUCGUACUUCGGCCGCCUGGUGCAGGAUUACAAGGUGUACAGUUUGGAGAUGAUGACGCACCAGGCGUCCAGCACUGAGAUGUUGCAGGAAAUCCGCACCAUGAUGACCCAACUCAAGAGUUACCUCCUGCAGAGCACUGAGCUCAAGGCCUUAGUGGACCCCACUCUGCACGCGGAGGAGGAGCUCGAAGCGAUCGUGGAGUCUGCCUUGUACAAGUGUGUCCUGAAGCCCCUCAAGGAAGCCAUCAACUCCUGUCUGCUGGAGAUACACAGUAAGGAUGGUUCUCUGCAGCAGCUCAAGGAGAACCAGCUGGUGAUCCUGGCCACCACCACCACUGACCUGGGUGUGACCACCAGCGUGCCCGAAGUGCCCAUCAUGGAGAAGAUUCUGCAGAAGUUCACCAGCAUGCACAGGGCCUACUCGCCCGAGAAAAAGAUUGCCAUCCUGCUUAAGACCUGCAAACUCAUCUAUGACUCCAUGGCCCUCGGCAACCCAGGCAAGCCCUAUGGGGCGGACGACUUCCUCCCUGUGCUCAUGUAUGUACUAGCCAGAUGCAACCUCACAGAGAUGCUGCUCAAUGUGGAAUACAUGAUGGAGCUCAUGGACCCUGCCCUGCAGCUUGGAGAGGGUUCCUACUAUUUGACGACCACAUACGGGGCCUUGGAGCACAUCAAAAACUACGACAAGAUCACAGUGACUCGGCAGCUGAGCGUGGAGGUGCAGGACUCCAUUCACCGCUGGGAGCGCCGGCGCACGCUCAACAAGGCGCGCGCCUCCCGCUCCUCCGUGCAGGACUUCAUCUGUGUGUCAUACCUGGAACCUGAGAAUCAGUCACGAACACUGGCAUCGCGGGCAGACACGCUGGCCCAUGCACUGUGCGAACAGUGCGCUGAGAAGUUCGAGGUGGCGCAGCCCAAGGACCACCGGCUCUUCGUGCUGGUGGAUGGGCGCUGCUUCCAGCUGGCGGACGAUGCGCUGCCCCACUACAUCAAGGGCUACCUGCUACGAAGUGAACCCAAGCUCGAUUUCCACUUUGUGUACCGGCCCCUGGACAGCGGUGGGGGCCCACCCUACCUUAUUGUGCGAGAACCCAACUUCCUGUGAAAGCCCCUUCCAGUGGC